AUGUCAAAUGCAGAGGAGAAGGCGGACGGAAAUGUCACGUCCGGGCGAAGGCUUUACGAUGCCACCAAGCGCAUCCAAUCUGCCCGGCUCUAUGGGGACGUCGCGACAUAUCAGUACUACUACAUUGAUAUUUUAGUAGGCACACCAAUGCCACAACGCGUCUCGGUGAUUGCGGACACAGGAAGCACCAUUUGUGCUUUCACCUGUAGCGGCUGCCAAAGUUGUGGCCAACACUUAGACGCGAACUUUGAUUUCUCCCUCUCCAAUAGCGCAGAAUGGACGCCCUGCUCAAAGAGUUGCCAUUCGUGCAGGCAGAAGCGUUGUGCAUAUCACCAAUCCUACACCGAAGGAAGUUCCAUCGAGGGCUUCCAGUUCACCGAUUUCAUCUCCUUGGGUGACGAAUUUCAGCAGAAUCCCAUGGUCAAGGUGCACAUGGGCUGCCACACCAAGGAGACGCGACUCUUCGUCACACAGAAGGCCAAUGGCAUUCUGGGCCUGGCCCCGUCUGAGCGCAGCACGGUCUUGCAGGAGAUCUUUCAGGACCACGAGCACGUGAACGGCAACAUCUUCUCGAUGUGUUUGUCGCCCCAGGGCGGUUUGCUGACGGUGGGCUACGACAGCUCCACGGCCGUGGCCUGGACCCCAAUGCGCCCCCAGCGCUUCUACAGUGUCUCCUUGAAAAAGAUGUCCCUUGAGGGCAGCAGCGACUCCUUGACGGGCUUUGGGCACACCUUCGUGGACUCGGGCACAACCUUCACCUAUCUCCCGGACGGGCUGUUCCGUCAGCUGCGGGAUCUGGUCCAAGGGCACUGCCAAACGCGCUGCGGCCAGCUGACCGGUAGCACCUGUUGGCAGAUCCCAGGAGAGUCCUUGGAGAAUUUUCCGAAGAUCGUCUUCAGUUUCUCCAAAGACAUCACAGUGCACUGGGCUCCAACGUCGUACCUCUUUCGGAAGACGGGACAUCUCUUCUGCCUGGGCUUCCAGAGCAAUGGCGCGGUGGCAGAGACGGUGCUAGGUGCCACCUUCAUGAUCAAUCAGCUGGUGGUCUUUGACUUGCAGUCUUCGCGCCUGGGCCUGGCGUCUCGGGCCUGUCCGUCCUUUGCCGAACGGCCCAGGGCGCCGCAGAAGCUGCGGGCAGGAAAUGCUGGUCCCACUGGACGGUCGCCAGCGGAUGCUGAUCGUAGCCUCCUGGUCGUCCUAUCGCUGCUGCUGAUUCUGUUAGGGCUCUGUUUGGUGGCCCGCAAUCUGCUGCGGGCCUACAGCCUCCGGCGCCGCGAGACGGCCGUUCCCAACGGCAACGCCUCGCCGCGGCGGGUGCGCGCCAGGAAACUCGGCCGUGCAGAUCACGAAGAGAUGCAGGCUCUGGCGGAUCCAGCCGCUUCGCCGCGCAGGUCGGAGGAGGUGAGCCGCGUCCCCGUGGACGCCUGGCUGAGCGCUGGCAGCGACGCCUCGCCCACGGCGGGCUCGGGGGAACUGGGCUCCGGGUGA